UGACCCUUUAUCUUUAAUAAUUACUUUUAAUGCAAUCCUUUAGCAAUGCUUUUUAUUUAAGUCAUUUAAAGACCUUUCAAGCUGUGCUGGAGCCAAGGCCAGGCGCUGGGGGAAUUUUCCCGGGGUGUUUUUUCCUGGUUUGGGAGUUUUUUGGGGGUGAUUGCAGGGCCAGGGGAGGAGUUCCCCCACACCGAAUGAGCAUCAGCACCACCAAGGCCCCGAGCUCCCGCAGAACUUCCACGGCUUCCCGGAGAACUUCCACCAGCUCCGAGGGCAAAUCCACACGCAGGGGGACCCUGCUGGGAGUCCCAGGUCCUGUGCAGGUUUUUGAUGCUGAAGGGAAGAAUGUGACACCCCUGCCCCUCUUCCAGCCAGACCCAAAUGCUGAUGUGCCCAGGACAUAUAGGAGCAGCAGCUGGAUAUCAAACUUAUCAACAAUCAAGUUUGGCUUAGAUGAACCUCAACAAGACCCAGCUUUGAGCCUGUCUGCUGCACAGGAGGAGGAGGAGGARGCCCUGACAGAAGCAGAGCUGGAGCAGAGGGUGGAUAUUCUGCUGUCUGAGACAGACACGCUCCGGAUGUUGGAUCAGCCCCCUGCUCUGAUGUCCACGGAGGCAGAGGAGGCUGAGAAAGUUCAGGAGAGGAAUAGGAUUUAUGUACAGAUUUGCCACGCUAAAGUUGAUAGUGAAGACUUUGAAGAAAGAAUGGUGCAAACCCUUGGUGGAGCUGCCAAAACCAAGGAAGUGCAAUGUGACACAAUCAACACAGCAGAGAAAGGGACAGUGGUGACUUCUUGGGAUCUGGACAAUUCUCUGGAUGCCUCAGAAGCAGAACCUACAGAAACAGAAGAACCUGAAACCACAGCAGAGGAAAGCAGCAAAUCUCCCCCWGCUGAAGAGCACRGUCAGCCUGUGGCUGUCCCUUCUCRCAGAGACAGUGCUGUUCCUGCCAGGAGCCAGGAGGAGAAGGAAUGCAAUCCAGAAGAGAUCUUAGCAUCAGAGAGCCURCAGCACGAUUUAGUUGUCAUGGAGAGGAUUCUCAUGGAGAAUAUUUUCCAACCCAAACUUGCAGUUUAUCGGCAGAUUCCUGUCCUUAUAGAGCCUGAAACUCCCUCAGAGACUGACUCAGAAGAAGAUUCAGAUGAAGAGGAAGAGGUGAAGAAGGAGGAGGAGAAAAAGGAGGAAACACUCGUUAGACGAUCGGUUUUGUUAGAUCUGACUGUAACUCCAGAACAAGUUUUAGUUCCCAGCCUGGAGCUGCUGUGGUCAUACAGCUGUGAUUUAACCCGUGGUCACAGUGUGAGCAGUAUGGCAUGGAACAAAGUGAAUCCUGAUCUCUUAGCAGUUGGUUACAGAGAGUUUGUUUCUCAGGAUCAGAAGAAAGGCCUGGCUUGCUGCUGGUCACUGAAGAACCCCAUGUGGCCYGAGCGCAUUUUCCACUGUGARCACGGUGUCACCGCUGUGGAUUUCUCCCUGGGCAGCCCCCACCUCUUGGCAGUUGGGAUGGCCAAUGGAUGUGUGGCUGUCUACGAUGUCCGGAGCCGCGAUGACACCGCUCUGCUGGACAGCAGUGCAUCCUUAAAUAAACACACAGGUUCUGUGUGGCAGCUGAGGUGGGUGGAACAGGACAGAGGUGCAACAGGAGGUGACAAAAAAGAGAAGCUGAUUUGCAUCUCAGCAGAUGGGCGAAUGACAGAGUGGCUCAUACAGCAACGGCUGGAUUGCUCAGAUCUGAUGAAAAUCAAGCGAAGAGAAAGUACAAAGAAAAAGCUGCCAGGUGAGAGAGAAAGGAAAAGUGAAGCUCCCAUUUCUCAACAGGCAGCUGGAAUGUGCUUCGACUUCCAUCCAGAGGAUCCUAGUAUUUAUCUUGUUGGAACAGAAGAGGGCCACAUCUACUGCUGCUCUUGCUCAGGCAAGGAGCAGAUUCUGGGGACAUACAGAGGCCACAAGGGUCCUGUGUACAAAGUUGCCUGGAAUCCCUCCAGCACAGACAUGUUCCUCAGCUGCUCUGCUGACUGGAACAUUCUUUUAUGGCACCGAGAUUCCCACACCCCCCUUGUGACCUUCACCACUGCCACAGAUUCUGUUCAUGACAUCAAGUGGGCCCCAAAAUCAGCCUUCAUCUACGCAGCAGUCCAUGAAAGCAGGGUGGAGAUUUGGGAUCUGAGUGCCAGCAUCUUCAACCCCGUGCUCUCCUGUGCUACCUGCUCYGAAGGGAAUCUCACCUCUGUGCUCUUUGCCAAAAAUGCUGAGUGCCUGCUGCUGGGGGACAGCUCUGGGGACGUCGGAGUGUGGCAGCUGCACGACCUGGCUGCUCCCAAAACCAAGGUUGGUUCCUUGCGAGACGUUGUUGCUCCUGCUAGAGCUGUGUAACAGCAGCUGAUGUCCCUUCUCCACUGGAAAGCAGCAGGAGAGACUUGCAGUAGUAUGAACACAAACUGGUUAUCCUUUUUUGAAUCAUUAAAGUUUCUUUUUGAAGCCAUACUGUUUAGGAACUUCUUCCAAAUACCCCAAAUUUCCCGCUGGGAGUCCCCUCAUUGCACCAUCAGUGUUCAUACAUGGAUGGCCUUCUCUGGAAUAUUCUCUUUAGGCCUUUAUCCCCUUAUUUUCCCCCCUCAGGGUCUUGUCUCCUUGGGUUGGAAGCAGGCAGUGUUUGGCUGUCUAAGCUUGUUUUUUUGAGGGGCAGAACAGAAGAAAAGAACAAAACACCCACCUGGAAGAUUUUCAGGAACUUCCUGCCCACAGGAAACAGGGAGCAUCUCCAGAGGAGUGAUGAAGCACAAGUUAUAGCCCUGCAGCCCAAUGAGCACAAUAUGUAUGGAAAUGUGCAUUUUAUAGAUGUAGAACAUCCAGCCUCUCUCAUUAUCCUGACAAUAAACCCCAACAUUCAAACACAGCACUGAAUUAARGAUCAUUUGUGAGGCAUUAACAGCCACUUCCUUCUGCGUGCUGCACGUCUGGCAGGGAACAUGCAAACUUCCCCCUGACAUAAAAUUCAUCUUGCUGCAUUUCAAAGAAAGACACUCAUUARGGUGAAUCAUUUGUUGACCAUUAUUACAAUUCUGACCAAAACACACCCCAUAUUUUCCAUUCAUGCCCAUGAYUGUUUGCUUACUGGCUAAAAACAAGCUUUCUGUCAAGGCUGUAAUGCAGUGAAAACUAAUUAACUGUAACAUUAUGGUGCUGGARAGUCCUGGUGGUGCCAGGAAAGGCUCAAUAUCUCCAAAGUUUCUCAUGUAUGUUGUCCUUAAACGUGGAAUUUCUGACCACAUAAUUAACAAAUUUCCUCCUUAAGGCAUUUUAUUGCAAGGAUUUGUUAUAGAAACUUAAAGAGACUGACGCCAACAACGUCAGGAAGCAGUAACUUGUAACCAACCUCUGCUCCCAGAGCAGGUAACUCAGCUCUGAGUGCUGCAGGAUCAGAUCCUGUCACUGGACACACUGGGAAUCCUGGCUGG